CUAACUUGUAACAAUAACGUCAGUCAAAUCAAGACAAGACAAUUUAAUCUAAUUUAUAUAUCUAUAUAUUUAUUUAUAUAUCACAAACUCCAGGAUGUGUUAAAUCAUGAGUCAGCACAGCACUUCCCCUCCGUCCAAAAUGUGCCUGUCAAGAGCACUAGACCAAAGGUUCACAACAUGCCUGUCUUACAUCAUUCCGUCAAAAAAGAAGAACUUCAGGCAGUAUAACUUCUCAUCUUGGGCUUCACUGACUGAAAACCUCAUUCACAAUAACCUUCACUAAAGCCACAGAAGUUAGAGCUCUUCUCGCUGUCUUUGAGAAAAAGUGAAUGCUGCGGUUAAUAACAAAUUGAAAUGAAAAUAAUGGAGGAUGAACUGAAUUACGCAACAGUGAUAUUCAAGACAAACAUUUCUACACUGGAGAAACCCAAUGACCAGGAAAUAAUCUAUGAUGAAGUGAAGACUGAGGAGCAAACAUGGGAUACAAUUCCUGUGAUACAAGUAAAUGAAAAGAAAGCACCACUUCAUACUCCUCUCAAUCUGGUGGCAGCAGCUUUGGGCAUUAUUUGUGUCAUCUUGGUGUCAGUCAUCAUCGCUCUCAGCAUCCAUUUCAACACAGUCAUCUCAGAGAAACACAGAGAAAACACCAACUUAACAGCGCAGAAUCUGCAGCUGGGGACAGAGAAGACUGACUUGGAGAGACAGACAAAGGAGCUGACGAGAGAAAUAGACGGACUCAACUGGACCAUGGCAGCCAUCCUUGAAUAUGAAAACUUUCCAGUGAGAGCUCACUGUCCACAGAAAGUGUGUAAACCUUGUCUGGAUGGCUGGGUGCUGUUUCAGUCAAACUGUUACCUGUUUACGUCAUCUGAUCGUUCCUAUGAUUGGAAGGAUUGGUGGGGAAGCGGUGAUUUUUGCAGAGAAAGGAACGCACAUCUAGUGGUGAUUGGAAGCCAAGAGGAACAGGAAUUCAUCAAUAACCACACCAAACAAUACAGAGAUGAAAAACACGGCUACUGGAUUGGCUUGAGCAGGGAGAGUACGAUGAGUGACACGUGGACGUGGAUAGACGGAAGCAACUUCACUGUGACGUACUGGAUAGCAAAACAAAUUGGCUACAAAGGUCGCUGUGCUCUAACUCUGUCUGGUGCAGAUCCACUGGCCAACUGGAACAUGGCAAGCUGUGACAUGAGGAACCGCAGGAUCUGUGAAACAAGAACCUUGAUAAAACCGGAUUAGGACUUUCAUUCAUCCAUCCAUCCAUCAAUG